AUGUUGACACGUCUGGACAGUUGGAUUAUAUGUAGCGUCGCGCGAGUGACCGUCGAUGUAAAAAGGUAUAGUGCUUGGGCUGAAUAUCUUUUGCUGAGGUGUAAUGAGGGAUGGGGCUACUGGCUUGACGGAAGUCCUGGUCACCCGGUGAAGGAACAAUGGGAGGGCGCCAAAGGUGGCUGCUCGGUAUUGCUAGCCUCAUCAAUUCAAGCACACACUAUUGCAAGUCUACAAGCUCGCCUUUGGCUCAAGGUCAGGUCACAUAUACGACGAGCUAACGAUCCAACACUGUGCUGCUCUCUUCUAGUUUCAUUUGCUGGUGGCCAUGACUGA